CUUCAUCAAGCCGGCGCCCAGCCUGCGUCUUCGAGGGGGUACAAAUCCAAGCUGCCCCUCCGCCGUCCUCUCCCGACCCCGACUGCCACCGUCCAGAAAACAUCAUCAACAACUACCUGCUCGAGUCACCUGCCCGAGUUCCAAGGUCCUCGACACAACAUCAUCCUCGCGUCGCCUCCUACCCGGCCCGGCACACCACGCUCUUGCCGCGCACACCACCGUCUGUGUGGCCACUGGUCAGUGCUGCCCCUCCUCUUCCACCUGUCGCCUCCUCCCUCCCACGCCCCUCCCCGCGUCUCAGCAGCACUCCUCGGCCUGGUGUCUGGAUGUCCAGUAGUGUUGCCGGGGCUGAGUGCGGGCUCUGUUGACUCUUGAGUGGUCCCAAUAGUGGUCCUGCCCGACCACCCGACUGACUGACGGCCCCACACCCUUGACCGGCUCUGUCCCUCGUGCUUACCACCCCCCUCCCAUCCCCCCUCCCAUCCCCCCUCACCUGCUAUGUAUCCUAUUCCCCAGAUUCUUGCACACCCUACCCCCCUCCCUCGCAUAUUCUUUUCUUUCUGUUCCACAUCUCUCUUACAUGUCUGUUGCGUGUCUGAGAAAACCUUGAGUUGGGCACUCCCAUCAGCUACUUGGCGAGCAUUUCAACGGGGCCCCCCGUCGCACAACCCUUCCCACAAGACAGGAAAGCCUUUCGUCUCCGGCACGACCGAGGCACCGUCACCACAGGUCCUAACUGGUGUCCAGAGAGACCAUCAUGGUCUCGACGCUACAGAUGCAAAAUUACUACCGGCAUUCUGGGUUGACGGUAGACACCGGACACGCACAACAAAAAUACUUUGACGACGAGGACUGCAUAUUAGACGACGGCAUUCUCGACCAGAACGCCAUGGACUCGGGCCUUGAAAUGUCCCCAAACAUGGCCGACAGCAGAAGAGAGUCUUUUGCCGUGUCAUCCACGCUCUUCUCCCCCAAGAACGAGCCAUGGGCCGCUGUUGACAUGGAGUCAAACCCGUCCCAGAUGUCCAACAACCCGUUCAUGGACAACCAGAUGGAGCAACAACAUUCUCAGCACCAACACCAACACCAGCAUCAGUCCCAGCCUCACCCACAGCCACAGCCUCCGCACCUCAACAGCAACAACCCCUUCUAUCGCAUGGACCAACACCAAUACCAGCAGCAUCAACCUCAGCCCUUUGCUUCUCAGCCUACCAAUCCUUGGUCCAUAAGCAACUCUGGUUCCUGUACCCCUAUGGCCCAGUUUGAUGGCCUUCCAGCAGAGUACGACACCACCAACGGCAACAAUCACAACAGCACUGCUGGGAUCCCCUUCCAACGCCCUCAGAUACAAGGGCAGACUCCAUUCAGCAACCCGGCGAACCAGGUCCCGAUGUUUCCCCCCGUCAACGGCCAUCCCAUGCAGCAGUCAGCGUCAAAGGAUGGCUGGAUGACUGGCCUCAAGGACCACAAGAACGACAGCCCUACCAUCAGGUCGCACAACGAGCUGAGGAGAGGGGAUGGCAUCCGCAAGAAGAAUGCGCGUUUUGAUAUCCCAGCCGAGCGUACGCUCAACAACAUCGACACCCUGAUAGCCCAGUCGACCGACGAAACUGAGAUCAAGGAGCUUAAGCAGCAGAAGCGGUUACUGCGCAACCGGCAGGCAGCCCUCGACUCGAGACAGAGGAAGAAGAUGCACACCGAACGGCUCGAAGAUGAGAAGAAGCAGUUUACCUCCAUCAUUGGGGACUUGGAGGCAGAAAUGGACCAGCUGCGUCUCCAGCUUGACCAGAUGAUGCGCGAGAAGCAGCAGGACGUCCAGCUCAUCGAACAGCUCAAGUUCGAGAAGGAGGAGAUGGUCCGCACGCACACCAUCGAGACUGGUGAGCUCCGCAAGAAGGUCAGCGUUCUCAGCAACCAUGUUCAGGCACUGGAGGGUGCGGCAAUGUCCCAGGCAAGCGGCAUGGCCAACCAGGCUUUCACCGGUGCAACCUUCGGCGACAUGGAGGGAAUGGCAAUGGACGGCCCCUGGGAUGGCAUGGGUUUGUUCGGCGCAGAGUUCCCCUUGGAGCAGCCAGACGUCAAGCAGGAGAUGCAGAUUGUGUCCACCAAGAAGUCAGACGUCAAUGUCUCGGCCGAUGUUGAGAAGCCGGCGACUCAAGGCGGCUUGCUCUUCAUGCUAUUCCUCGUCGGUGCAUUCGUGCUCUCCAACCGCCAGUCCAACGUUCCUCGCGUAUCCGAGGAUGUCCGCGCCGCCUCGGCUUCUAUCCUCGAAAACGUGCUCAAGGACGCUGGUGUCGCGCAGUCUGACUCCGGCGGCAUGGAGUCGAUGGCCCACCAGCCAACGGGCACAUCAUGGGCUUCAGUACCUACGGCGUCGAUGCCUGUCCUUGGCAAUGGCCUAGACGGCGUGGCUCCCUCGAUGCUUGGCGAUUUGUCGGACAGCCUCACCCAGCCGACCCAGGAGCAGCAGAACGAGCAACUCUUUGGCCUCACCCCGUCCCAGUACGAAGGGGUGAACUCGCAUGACUUCCUCCAGAAUGCCCCCGCCGAGAAGCCUACCAGCCAGGGCAGGAAGAACCUGGCGCAGGCACUCGCCUCCAUGAGGACUGAGAGCAAGGCCGAGGUAUACACCAGGUCUCUGUUGUGGGAUCAGAUCCCAAGUGACGUUGUCCGGUCGUUUGCGAAAAUGGUGGCCGAGUGCGGCGCUCCGGACAAUGGCGGCCAUGGCAAGCCUGCCACAGCAUGAUUGAUGAAGAUGAAAUAACGACGAUUUGACGCCAACGAUUCGCAUAUACGUCGAACCACCAACGAAACACCACGAUCAUAGACCAGAACCAUCUCCGCUACAUAUGGCUUGUUUCACCCCGGGCCAGCCAGCCAGCAUUGCAAGCCUGUAUUGAAGGUACCGCCGCACAUAUACACUUCUCCGACGCGCUCCCGCGCAGCGAUUACAUACUUUUGUGCUCGCGCACACGCAAAGAUUGCUAUUUUCUGUUCUCGGCUUUGCACUGACUGGGGUCCUCGUUACUCAACAGCGAUUUCUUUCCUUGAUCUUGUUGCUUGCUUUGUCCCUUCUGACUCUUUUACCUGUUUUUUUCUGAUCAUAUCGUUUGUGUCCUCUCUGCCUUGGGUUGUUUCCUGAUUUAAGCGAUUUGAUUUUUAGCAGGCGAGCGAGCGUUUGAAAUUUGACUGCACACCGUCUCCCAACACACACGUUUGCUUGGUGUUAUUCUUAGUUGUAUUUGUCUUGGCUCACAUAUCGGGAACGGGAAUCAUUGGGCGGCUGGUCUUUGGGGCUUCUUAUCUUGGAUAUGGCAGAGCGCCGAACAUUUCAACAGUUGCAUGGGCUGGUUUGGGACAUGGGACGGCCAAUUGUCUGUUUAGGACCGCGGCAACGACAGUACAGAGAGCCCUCGAGGAGACGAAAUCCGAAUCUUCACGGCAAAGACCCCAGAGUUGAGGAGAGCUUGAGUCAACUGCUCUCGGACUACGGAAGAGAAGCGAACACAGCAGCCAACCCGCGCGGGAAGACUGGUUCUCUACGACUCGAUACUUUCUUUCCCGACACCAAACAAGGGUGAGAGCUAGUCCUGGCGGGAGGUUGUCCGCAUUCUCUCUCACACACACACACACACACACACACACACACACACACACACACACAGACCAAAUUAUGUCGGCUUCUCACGGCAACGCGCAUACAGUCACUCUCUACUGUCAAGCAUCUCAUUUGUCGGCCACUUUCCUAGCUUGUUUCCCUUUGAGCGGUUGGGUGAUCGGAAAGCAAUGUGCGAGGGAAGGUGAUGGACAGAAAAUGACGGUGGAAAGGGUUGGCGGACGAUGGUGAUGUGGCUUGGGCGGCAUUGAAGCGUUCUGAAGAUCAGCUGCAACCCCCACGACUAUAGACCGUUGUGCUGGGAUGUUGAAUCGGAUGUGCGCUCUGGGACGAAUGCAUGUCGUGAUGAUGGCGAAAGUGAGAAUAUUCGAGCCAAAUGUGACACGUGGAGCCCCCUCUCCCCCAGGCAUCUGUUGACAUAAUCUCCCUAUAUGCGGUGAUGUGAUAUGCGCAGUGGCUGGCAACUGUG